AUGCUUGUGGGAGAGGCCGAGCAUUGGUGGGGAAGCACUUAUCAGAUGCUUAAUUCUAGAGGGGUUGUAAUUGACUGGGAGUGCUUCAGGACGGUAUUCAUGGAAAAGUACUUUUCGGAAAGUGUAAGGCACACCAAGGAGGCUGAGUUUUUGCGGUUACACCAGGGUGGGUUGACUGUAUCAGAGUAUGCGAUGAGGUUCGAGCACUUGGCUCGUUUUUAUUCACAGGCCAUUUCUGAGGCUUGGAAGUGCAGGAAGUUUGCAGAGGGUCUGAAGUAUGAGCUGAAGAAGGUGGUGGUGCCUAUGGCCAUCACCGAGUUUCCUGCCUUGGUAGAGAAGGCAAAGAUUAUGGAGAGGUUAGAAGGAGGUAACCGUGUGAUCAGAGAUACCGAGAGACCAGUUGAGUCUAGGAGGGGAGGUGGAAGUCAGAGGAAGCCCUAUGAUAGGCCCCAAUCACAGCAAGGGGAUCCUGUCAGUAGGCAAUCUUCCAGUACUGCUAGUGGAGGUAGACGGAGUGGAGGUGCCACUCUGAGGUGUUACAGGUGUGGUGGAUCCCAUUUGAUCAGGGAUUGUCCACACACGGAGAGCAGAUGUUACAGAUGCCAGCAGAUGGGCCACUUGUCGUUCAACUGUCCCACCAGGAGUAGACCGGAGGAGAGUACACCAAGGAGAGAUGCGUAG